AUGGCAUUAUCGAAAGUUACUGAGAGUCACAGACAGAAAGCUCUGAUAUUCUACGGCGAAGAUGUUUGCAAGCAAAAAUGUUUAGAGCUGUUAGAGGAGAUCUCUCUCCCCAAAGGCAUCAUACCUGUAGAAAUUGUUGAGUUUGGACGUGACCGAUCAACUGGCUUUGUCUGUAUGAAGCUGAAGAGCAAGAAAGAGCACAAAUUCAAGCGCAUUAAUAAGGUAGUCUCCUAUGAUAUUGAGAUCACCUUUUUUGCAGAGAAUGGUCGCGUUAAAAAACUGACAGGCAUCAAGAGUAAGGAGCUGUUUAUUUGGGUCAUCAUUUCUGACAUGUUCAUCGAAGAUCCUUCUUCUGGCAAGAUUUUCUUUGCUGUUCCCAGUGGCUUAAGAGCGCAUUUCCCUAUUUCAGCUUUUGAGCUAGAAGAGGACAAGAAAAACAGUACCGACCCUUAG